CAGUCGUGCAAGCAGGCUUCCUUUGGCGCCAUACAUUUAGAACGUUGUAAGUACCCGCCCGCUUCCAUCCCAUCUCUCUCCACCUGCCUCGAUCCGUGCACUGCUCUAUCCAAUCCAACUUCUCGCCGCCCUCGAAGCGCCCCGAGACAAAAGGCCAGCGCUUCGCCCAUUGCCUCUGCUCCCUUCUCUUCUCUCCAGCAGGUCUCUCUUAUUGUAAUACGUCGUGCAUCUUCUGCCUUCUGUCUCCUUCACCGCACUCAUCGUCUACGACUCGUCUAAGCUGGGCUGGAUUAUCGUCGUUACUAUUCCAUUACACCAUUUCCAUCUGGUCUCCUCUUCGCUGCCCCCCCGCUUCAUGAGAGCCUCCAACUUCCUUGUGUGAAUCUUGGAUAGACUUGAGAUGGCCCCCAACGACAAGAAGCUGACCAUCACGAUUGAAAGACGGAGCUCAAAAGACUCCCUUGACGGCAAGACGCCCCGCACAGCACGCUUCGCAGAAGCUACCUCAGUGUACUCGCCCGUGGACGCUCCAAGACGACCAGUCGAGUACCCCACCAACCACUACAAGCCGCAACCUCAAGUCUCAGACGUUGGCUUCGGCUACAUGCAACCAGUCGAGAUGGAGGAAACCGACAGGAAGUACCUUCCUCCCCCAACCCCAAGGACCGCUGGAGGCCUCAAGAGCGCAUUAAAAUCACCCGGCGCCCCACCACGGACACCAGGAGGUGCCAUGUCCAUCAUGAGUCCCACGUUCAGGGAAGAGCAAAAGCUCGAAAGACACGAGGAGUCGACAGAGAAAGAGCAAGCCAAAGAUUUGAAAAUCAAAGUCAGAGUACGACUAGCCAAGAUCUUUCUGCGAGGCAUCAACUUCGCCUGUAGUCUUAUCGUCCUCUCCAUGGUCGCAACAGCAUUCGCCAUCUUCAACGCAACCAAGACUCUACCGAAAAGAAACAAUCUCCCAGCAUGGGCUGAAAACACCAGGGUCUGGCCCCAAGCCAUGCUACUCGCCAUCGCCUGCAUCUCCCUGUUCAUGUCCAUCGUCGUCAUGAUCGCCUAUUGCAGAGGCGGUCAUCACAGAGCAGAGAAAGUCGCUGCCUACUACACCGUUUUCGCCGUUGGAUUCUUCAUCUUCAGCAUCGUCAUGUGGGCUGUAGGUGCAGCUGUUUUCAACCAGAGCAAAGCGCAGAACAACAACAAAGAUAUGUGGGGCUGGUCUUGCGUGGACAAUAAGCGAAGACAUCUAUUCGAGGAUGACAUUGCCUAUGGCCUUGUCUGCCGCCUUCAGAACUGGGCACUUGUCUGCUGCAUCAUCGAAGUUGUCGUCGAAGUUCUUUGCAUCACCAUCUACGGAAUCGUCUUCUACCGCUUCUGGUCCAAGAGGAAGCUCAGGAAGUCCAUGGCUCAGCGCGACAAGGCUCGCUCUGAUCUCUACCUUGCGCAGCUCCGAUCGCAAUCUGCACCCAACACUCCCGGAUUUGGCCCAAUGUCUCCUCGCUCCGGCGGCUGGCGACCACCUCCAGGCCACCCAAUGUACGUGGACCCCCACUCCGCUGCCGAAGCUGGCGAGAGCGGCAAGGUCCAGUAUGCGUACGCUCGGGAAAUCGCUCAACCUCAACCAUUCACCCUCCAAGCGCCACCUAUCAAGGUCACGGGUGCAACACCAAGGAUGGAGCAAGAUGGUUUCGAUUCGCCAUCUCGAACGAACACCGUAUCACCACCACUACCUCCUGUAUCCCCAGGAUUCCAAGAGCGACGAAACGACCACGUAGGUGCCGCACCAGGCGAGCAACAAUACGCAAGUGUGCCGAUCCCCGGCGCAUACACACCACUAGCAUCGCCCUCGUACCCACCACCACAACAACAACCCGCAGGCUUCGACUUCGGGCCGGCGGUGACGGGUCCGAGAUGAAGAGCCAGUAACGUGUAUUUGUGAUAUUGCUCAAGCUGCAUAGCGCGCAUCGUUUCGUCUUCUCUUCUCCUUGCCUCGGAUCAGGGUCACUUUGGGCACGACUGGCGAUCUUUGGUGUUGUUGUACAUUUUUU